CACUGUGGUCCACAUCAAAUGAUGUCAGAUCACAGCACAGAGUCUCUGCCCCACCCAUUAGUCCAGAGCUGCUCUACAGAGACCCACCCACCCCAUGGCAAAGAUGCAGGACAUAGAGUGAAAACAGUGUUGCCUGGACCUUCUCAGACCCAUCUGCAAUCCCCAGGUGUCACAUUUAACCUCAUGCCAGGACCUUAUGCUUCACAGCUCCAUCAGACAAUUUGCCCUACACAGCCUCAGACUGUUGGGCAGGAAGAGGACGGUCAGACCAAAGGCAGUGAGCGUACUGUGAACCUGGAAAAAUCAAAGCGACCCUGCAACUGCACAAAAUCUCAAUGUCUAAAACUUUACUGUGAAUGUUUUGCCAAUGGGGAGGUAUGCAGUAACUGCAAAUGUACUAACUGCUUCAAUAAUACUGAGCAUGAAUCAGAGAGGUGCCAUGCUAUUAAGAUCUGUUUGGAAAGGAAUCCAGGGGCUUUUCGACCUAAGAUUGGCAAAAGGAAACAAGGGAAUGUUAACAGUUGUCACACAAAAGGCUGCAACUGCAAGCGCUCGGGCUGCCUGAAGAACUACUGCGAGUGUUAUGAGGCCCAAAUCAUGUGCACUUCCACCUGUAAAUGUGUGGGCUGUCGGAACUAUGAGAGAAGUCCUCAGAAGAAGAGCACUGCAUGGGACAGUCCUGAAUCCAGCAUCUACUACCCAACCAGGUGUCCUCUAGCAUGCAUCACGCCUGAUGUAGUGGAAGCCACAUGUGGCUGUCUUCUCGCCCAGGCUGAAGAGGCUGAGAAGGAAGGGUACAAUUUGCUUCACGCUGAGAGGAUGAUUUUGGAGGAGUUCGGCCAGUGCUUGAUGCAAAUUGUCAGAUCGAUAUUCAAAUCAGCCAAUGUGCAGUUUAAUGUGCAGUUGUAGCUUGGGAACAACAUGCUUAGAGUAGAGAUCCAAAUUUAUUUUAAAAUGUUUACCAUACAGUUUAUCAACAAGUGAUUCUGUUUUCAUUUCCUUCGAAGUUCAAUUUUAAAAGAUGUUUUAAAAGAGGCUCGAAUUUACAUUGCACAUUUACAACCACUUUGUCAAGAGUUUAAUUGCACAUUUUAUUUAUUUAAUAUUUAUUCAUAUCUGUUAAUUCUCAAUGUUUGUGUAUUAUUUGAUUGCUUAUUUAUAGAAUAUAUUUUUGAGUAUAUAUUAUAUCCUCUAUAUCCAUAAAAAGCUGUAAUUUUGACAACUUUAAACGUUAAGCAUUUGUCCAGGGACAAUGUUUACAUGUUUUUCCACAUUUCUUAAUACUUGUUCUGCAAUAUUUUUGUUGUGCAGAAAUGUGACCUGUCUCUUAAAUCUCUGAGACAUUCAAGUAACAGCAUUUCUAAGGGAAUUUCUGUCAGUGUCAAUCAUUCCUUUUUUAUUUUACUCACAGUUCAUGCAUUACAUUUUUUAAUUUUGACGUUUGUUGUUUUUCUUUAAUCGAGCUGUUACAUUGUUAUGUAUCAGUGACAUUUUUUGUAUUUCUACAUAAAUGUUACUGUAUGUUGUUAUAUAAAGAGAUUCACAUCCUGCCCUAUUUUUAAAAUCUUAUUUUAUUCAAUAAAAAGGUC